ACACCCUAUAUUUAAAAAUAGGGUGUAUAAUUAUAACAAUAUAAAUUUUUUUGGGAUUCUUGUAGUUGUAUCAUACCCUUAGAAAUUUCACAUUUUUCUUCUCAGAUUUCGUUACUUUAGCCUUUAAUCUUUAAUAUUUAAUCGUUAACCCCAUUUUGAGAAAUCACCGUUCCAGGGGUUCGGCUUUAGUAUCAUUUCAGUGAUUUUGAAGAAACCCUAGCUUAUUGGUUGAGUUUAGCUUACUGUACAUUCUUUUUCGGUAGAAUUUUUUUGGGAUUUGAAUCUGUAACAUGAACAAUAGAGCGAGAUAUCCACUUGGGAAUGGGUUAGGUCGAGGUGGUGGUGGCGGUGGCGGAGGGUUUCAACAGAGACCAAAUCAACAACAGUAUGUGCAGAGGCACAUGAUGCAAAAUCAGCAUCCACAACAACAAUACCAGCAGCAUCAACAGAAUCAACAAUAUCAGCAGCAGCAACAACAACAGUGGCUGAGAAGGAACCAGUUGAGUGGAACUGACACCAGUGUUGUGGAGGAGGUCGAGAAGACUGUGCAGUCUGAAACAAACGACUCUAGUUCACAAGAUUGGAAGGCAAGACUAAAGAUUCCACCAGCUGAUACACGCUAUAGGACAGAGGAUGUGACAGCAACUAAAGGAAAUGAGUUUGAGGAUUACUUUUUGAAGCGUGAGCUGCUAAUGGGAAUAUAUGAGAAGGGGUUUGAAAGGCCAUCCCCUAUCCAAGAAGAAAGCAUUCCAAUUGCCCUUACUGGUAGUGACAUUCUUGCUAGGGCUAAAAAUGGAACAGGCAAAACAGCUGCAUUUUGCGUUCCUGCAUUGGAAAAAAUUGAUCAAGAUAACAAUGUUAUUCAAGUUGUUAUACUGGUUCCAACACGAGAAUUGGCUUUGCAAACAUCUCAAGUAUGUAAAGAGCUUGCAAAACAUUUGCAAAUUCAAGUUAUGGUCACAACAGGCGGUACAAGCCUGAAAGACGACAUUAUGCGUUUAUAUCAACCUGUCCAUCUGCUAGUUGGUACUCCGGGAAGAAUUUUGGAUCUUGCAAAGAAGGGUGUCUGCGUUCUGAAAGAUUGUUCUAUGCUUGUGAUGGAUGAGGCUGAUAAACUUCUCUCCCCAGAGUUCCAGCCUUCAAUUGAGCAGCUGAUUCACUUUCUUCCCUCAAGUCGUCAAAUCCUUAUGUUUUCAGCUACAUUUCCUGUUACUGUAAAGGAUUUCAAAGAUAGAUAUCUUCGUAAGCCGUAUAUCAUUAAUCUUAUGGACGAGCUAACUCUGAAGGGUAUUACCCAAUUUUAUGCAUUUGUGGAGGAGAGGCAGAAAGUUCACUGCCUAAAUACUCUUUUCUCUAAGCUGCAAAUAAACCAGUCAAUCAUCUUCUCCCAGUCAAUCAUCCUUUAUUUUCUGAUACUAUAUCCAUUUGUUUGUUAG